AUGAACAACAACAGCAACAAGAACAGCAACCCGGCCGGCAACGUCGGCGAAACAGUCGGAGGAGGUCUUAACUUCCUCACCAGUACCGUUGGCAAUACUGUCGGCGGCUUGGGUCGCACAGUUGGGGGAGUCACCGGGGCCGCAACGAGAGGUCUAGGCGACACCGUAACCGCCGCCACUGGUGACGCUGGCCGCCCCCUCGGGGACGGAAUCGGCAAUUUGGGAACUGGCGUUCAGGGCGGACUCGACAGCAUCUCCAAGGGUGUUGAGAAUGCUGGACAGUGGAAGAAGCAGUAA